UCUGUGCCCCAUUAAUUUAUCUUUUUCAAUAAUAACAGAUUCUUGCUGUCCGCAAUUCAAAAUCACAGGAACUGUUCAGCAACAUUACUUGAUCUACCAUCUUAAAAGCACAUACACAUGUAUAUAUGCAACCUAGCUAAAGCACAUGAGAGCACUGCACUUAAACACAGAAGGUGAAGAACCAUGGGAGAAGUGAAGCAUCUAGUUUUGGUGAAGUUCAAGGAAGGUAUAGUGGUUGAGGAGUUGCUUGAGGGGAUGAAGAAGCUUGCCACUGAGAUAGAUGCUGUCAAGGGGUUUGAAUGGGGAGAAGAUGUGGGGAGUGAGCAGAUGAUGAGCCAGGGGUUCACCCAUGCCUUCAUACUGACCUUCAACUGUGCUGAAGAUUUUGCAGCUUACUCCAACCAUCCAAGCCAUGUUGCAUUUGCCGGCCCUUUUGCUGCAGCAAUUGAUAAGAUCUUACUGUUUCAGUUUCCACCUGUUGUCAUCAAGCCUUCCGCUUAACAGCAAACUGGAUUUGCUAGACAAGAUCAUUGAUGAUAUUCAUAUUCAGGAAGCUCAAUUUGUUGGUGCCAAUGCAGUGAGAUGUGUGUGUCUAGUCAGUCAUAUGUGACUGACUCUAUUUGCAUUGUGUUUGUUUCCAUUUAUAAGAUCAAAAGUCUUUCAAAUAAUUAAUAGGUGUUUUUACAAUGA